UUCUCUUCCCCGACACAGACUAAGAUUCUAAAAUAAUAAUUUCAGUUCUUAAAAACUCGAAGCUACUCUGCACCCAAUCAAGAACAAAGCUUAUGGGAAUCACGAUCAGAAAGGAAUUUACUUGAUAUUGCAUCUAGGCUCUUCGAUUCCCCUAAAAAAAUGAGUCAUACAACUUUCAGUGUAUUUCAUAGUGGAAAGUUUCAGACAGAUGAUUCUGGGGCCGUUACUUACGAGGGUGGAAAUCGUGACGUUCUCCACUCACCGGUUGAAGCUCUGUUUGGAAAUUUAAUGAGCGAGUUGAAUAUAUCCUCCAAUGGACAGAGGAUUUGGUUUAAGAUGCCUAAUGAAGGCAUAUCAGAGCUGAAGAUAUUGUGUCAAGGCGAUGAUAAUUUCAGGAAGAUGUGUGAGGCUUCGGUUUGGAUCAAAGCUAUAGAUGUGUAUCUGGAAGCUGAUAAUGUUGAUGAUGAUGAUGAUGAUGCUCCUCCUGUUGUUGAGAUCAAUGACAGUGGCACAGCGACGAGAGCUUCAAAUGGUGCAGCGAAAGCUACACAGAAGGCUGUAGAUGCUGAAGCCCGUGUUGAAUCAAAUCUUAUUGGCUUUGUUGACGACAAUGAGAACGACGAUUAUCAAAGAACUCCCCCCUCUUCAGACUGCGAAGAUGAAGGAAGUAACGACCGUUACGAGAGGUGGAUACGAGGAAGUGGUGAGUUAAAGAUACGACAAGUAUUUGAGAGCAUAGAAGAGUUCAAGGAAGCUGUCUUGGAAUAUGCUUUAAAAGGAGAAAACAAAAUAAAUAAAAAAGUAUGCAUAUUCGACAGAAACAAAGUGUAG